GGAAGUGUUGCAUAUGCAAAAGCACUGGAAAAGUGUGGUUUGGUGUCAUCAACUGAAAGUGCUCGUUUACUGUUUGGCCUAUCACAGAUAGCUGAAGAAUGGGCUUCCAAUCAGUUUGUGAUAGAAGGAGAUGAAGAUAUUCAUUCUGCAAAUGAAAGAAGGCUUAAGGAAAUUAUUGGAAAAGAAAUAGGGGGAAAACUUCAUGUUGGGCGAAGUAGAAAUGAUCAGGUGGCCACAGAUGUCCGUAUGUGGUUGAGAGAGCAGUCUGUUGUUUUGAAAUGCUUACUUUUAUCUUUUGUCCGAAUAUGUUGUGAGAGGGCCAAAAAUGAAAUUGAUAUACUCAUGCCAGGUUAUACGCAUCUUCAGCGGGCACAACCAAUAAGAUGGGGACACUGGCUCCUUAGUUUUGCUUGGUAUUUUCAUAAUGAUGCAGACAAACUUGAAGAUAUUAUUUCAAGAAUGAAUAUAAGUCCACUUGGAAGUGGAGCACUGGCUGGAAACCCAUUCCCCAUUGACAGAGAUUUCUUGGCCAAAGAGCUUGGUUUUUCUGGUUGCAUUCCAAACAGUUUAGUUGCUGUCAGUGAUAGAGAUUUCAUAGCUGAAUUUCUGUUCUGGGGAUCGUUAGUAGCUAUGCAUUUAAGCAAGUGGGCUGAAGAUUUACUUUUAUACAGUACUAAAGAAUUCGGCUUUGUUAGGAUAGCUGAUGCAUUCAGUACUGGCAGCAGUCUAAUGCCACAGAAAAAGAAUGCAGACAGUCUUGAGCUUAUUCGAGGUAAAACUGGAAGAUUAAUAGGAAAUUGCACUGGGUUUCUAGCUGUUCUGAAAGGCUUACCAAGUACAUUCAAUAAAGAUCUUCAAGAAGAUAAGGAACCUCUAUUUGACACUUACAACAAUUUGACUCAAAUGCUGCAAGUAGCUUGUGGUACUCUGGAAACUUUAAAAAUUGACAAAAAAGCAUGUUUUUCGGCAUUAUCUCCUGAUAUGCUUGCAACUGAUAUUGCAUAUUAUCUUGUUAAAAAGAAUGUGCCAUUUCGAGAUGCUCAUAAAAUUGCCGGUGAGGUUGUUAGAUUAGCUGAGAAAGAGAACUGUAGCAUCACAGAGCUUACACUUGCUCAAUUAAAAAGCAUAAGUGGACAUUUUACGGAGGAUGUUGUAUCUCUAUGGGAUUAUGAGCACAGUGUCGAACAAUAUCAAGCUUUUGGUGGCACUGCCUUGCAUAACAUUGAAAUUCAAAUUCAACAAUUAGAGCAGUGGAUAUCUGAUUCACAGAUCUUAACCACUCAAGUGUAGAGUGUUAUUCAAGAUUAGUUACAUGUUUUAGUUGAUUUUCUGAACUGUUUCUUUUUAUAUCAUAUUGACAUGUCAAAUUUUUAAAUGUAUCCCAUGAGUUUUUUUAUAUAUAUUGUCAUAUAUUUAUGGUACAGCUUGCUAUCAUGUAGCAUGUAAAAUAAGACAUUUUUCCAGAGAGAAGUUUCUUCUAUUUGCUAUUUCAAAUUUUACUUCCUAUUACUAGUAAACUGAUCUUUAAUCAUGAAUAAAUUAAUUUCCCCCAAAACAUGCUUUAAAUAUUAAUUUUAUUAUUUUAAUCUAAAAAAGAUAACAAUAGCAAUUAGAAAACUCCUGUAUUUAGUAUUCGUGUCUUAUUAGUUGUUUAAAAAUCCUGUUCUAAACUUUCAUAUAUUUAUAUUCUUCUACAUGGACAUAGUUUUCUAAUUUUAGCGAUUUCUGAAGGCAAUGUAAAUACUUUUUAUAUCUUUAUAAUGUUUGUAAUAGCAACUUAAAUCUCCUUUUGAAUUUGAUUAUUUCUUCAUUCUAUUCUAAAAAAUAUAUAUUUAUAUGUUUUGCUGAAGUGCAUCAUUGCAAAUUUAAUCAGUGUCGUAUGAUUUUUAUACAGUACAGAUGUCACAUACAUGUGACAUAAUGGCAAAAAUAAAACUGAAAUUUUUUACCCAGUAGUAUUCAAACUCAAAUUUAAUAAAUCAGUAAUAAUAAGGCAAUACUGUAUUUCUCUGUUGAGAUGUAAAAUAACUUUGCCAUUCUAAAUUUAAUAUCAGCAACAUCAUCUUUGCUUUUCUCAUGCCUCUUUUUAUCCUGCUAAUAUGUAGUCUGAUGCUUUUUUGUAUCUGCAAAUGUAAUGCUAUUAUUAUGCAAAAUAUGUGCUUGAAAAUGUUUGAAUAACAAGUAUACUUUUUAUGCCAGUUUUACUAUAUGUAUUCACUUCAGUAAUGUUGUACUUCAGAUAAAGAACUAUAUCAGCCAGC